AUGUCCAACCCCUUCCUGAAGCAAGUCUUCAACAAGGAUAAGACUUUCCGGCCCAAGCGCAAGUUCGAGCCGGGCACUCAGCGCUUCGAACUGCACAAAAGGGCGCAAGCGUCGCUGAACGCGGGGCUGGACCUGCGGCUGGCCGUGCAGCUGCCCCCAGGCGAAGACCUGCACGACUGGGUGGCUGUGCACGUGGUGGACUUCUUCAACCGGGUCAACCUCGUCUACGGCACGGUCAGCGACGGCUGCACGGAGCAGUCGUGCCCGGUCAUGUCGGGCGGCCCCAAGUACGAGUACCGCUGGCAGGACGAGCGGGACUUCCGCAAGCCCACGGCGCUGCCCGCCCCCAAGUACAUGGACCUGCUCAUGGACUGGAUCGAGGUGCAGAUCAACAACGAGGACCUCUUCCCCACCAGCGUCGGCACGCCGUUCCCGAAGAACUUCCUGCAGGUGACGAAGAAGAUCCUGUCGCGGCUCUUCCGCGUCUUCGUGCACGUGUACAUCCACCACUUCGACCGCAUCGCCCAGAUGGGCUCCGAGGCGCACGUCAACACCUGCUACAAGCACUUCUACUACUUUGUCAAGGAGUUCGGCCUCAUCGACACCAAGGAGCUGGAGCCGCUGAAGGAAAUGACUGCAAGGAUGUGCCACUGA